AUGUUUUUAGGUAGGAUAUUUAUUUUUUUAAGUAUAACUGUGAAUGCAAGGUACUAUGCGAAAGUUUGCAUAAAAAACAAUUUUGCGUGGAAACUGCUAAAUUAUAAUAAUACCCCACUGGAAGGUAUUAAUAAUGGGAAUAACAGCGCAGUAUGCAACAAUGACAACGCAGUACUUAAUAAUAGCAACACACCACCUAGUAAUAGUAACAUAACGCACAGUUAUAACAAACUAAAACGUUACUAUUACUACUCCAAGGAAAGAAACAAAAUAGUAAAAAAAAAGAAAAAGAGGUUUUCAUUGAAUUAUCCCAAAGGAAUAGUACGAAAAAACAAGCAGGGCUUCUUUUUUUUAAACUCCACAAAGUUAAGUGAAAUAAAAGAAAGCAUAAAAGCUUUAUAUAACGUAGAUUAUAUAGAAAAUAAUUACCUGUACACGUACAUAAAAUCAUUUAAAAGAACACCUCCUAUAACGAAAUUAUAUUUAAUAAGUACGUUCCUGUUAAGUGUUUUUAUACAUAUAAACAAAAAUGUUUAUAAGUUAAUACUAUUUGAUUUUCAGAAAAUUUUUAAAAAGUGGGAGAUAUGGAGGUUAAUAACUCCAUAUUUGUAUAUUGGGAAUUUGUAUUUACAGUAUAUAUUGAUGUUUAAUUAUUUAAAUAUUUAUAUGUCCUCUGUAGAAAUAGCACAUUAUAGGAAACCAGAAGAUUUUUUAAUUUUUCUUUCUUUCGGAUAUAUAUCAAAUCUUUUAUUUACCAUAAUAGGAAGUAUGUAUAAUGAAAAUAUAAUGAAUAUGAAAAAACAUGUCUACAGUGUAAGAAAUUUAAUUAUUCCUAUGAAUAAAAAAGACGAAAAAAUCGAUGUAAAAAAGGAGCACUAUAAUCAUUUAGGUUAUGUUUUUUCAACUUAUAUACUUUAUUAUUGGAGUAGAAUAAAUGAAGGCACGUUAAUUAACUGUUUUGAAUUAUUCCUUAUUAAAGCUGAAUAUGUUCCUUUUUUUUUUAUUAUACAAAAUAUUUUAUUAUAUAACGAAUUUUCUCUCUAUGAAGUAGCUUCUAUCUUAUCAAGUUAUGUCUUUUUUACUUAUGAAAAAUAUUGGAAGUGGACAUUUUUGAGACGCUUUUUUCUUCUCCUUCUUAAGUUCACGCGAGUGUACCAACAGUACAAUAAAUACAGAGAGGAGUAUGAAUAA